CGCCCGAUCUAACGUACCUCAGUGUUCAUCUGGCAUUCACGUCGCGAGCAACUCCCUGGUCGCGAGGCAGACUUCGCGAGGAAGCUUUCACGUCCGAUCAGAGAAAAUCUCACGUGCGCGCGUGGAAAUCGCCUCGCGGCCGAACGCGAUCGGGAUUUCCCGUUGAAUCGGAAUCAAUUUUCCGAGAGACUUCUCUGUCUCUCCGUUACCUCGAUUCUUUCGCGCCGACAUCGAGCAAAGCCUCAUCAAAGUGCAAUUAGUGAUCGGUGAUCGGUAGUGCGGCGAGCCGGAUCGUCUCACCGACGCGCGACGAUUUCGCGAUUAGGAAUCCCGACAUCGCGCGGCGAUACCACGUGGUGCUCCAUCCGCGAGUUCCAUCAUCCGCCUCGCGUUUUGAAUCGGUAGCAUCAAAUCGUACGUUAUGACAGAACAAUCCAGACCUAAUUCAGACUUCAGUUCUUUCGAACAUUUCGCAAACUUUUGGGAAAAUAUCAGAUAGAGUUCGAACAGUUUUCGAUAAUUAUAUGUGAUUACGCAAUAGUCGCAGUCUGAAGGCGAUCGCUUCCACCAAAAGCACAUCGCGAGCUCGCGAGAGUCUCAUUCGAGCGAGGAAACGUCGAACACCAUAGCGCGUGAUGGAGUAAGAAGAAAAAGAGGAAAGGAGAGAGAGAGAGAGAGAAAAAGAAAUCGUGGAUAGUAGGCGCGACGGAUUGGUCAGCCGUUCACUGCGUGGGUGCACGCGUGUAAUGGUGAAACGAGUUGCACGCGCACGAUGCAGCUGAUGACCUUGAACUCCCUGCUCAUGUUCGACCUGGUGUUCCUGUUUUUCCUGUUCCUCAUCGGGGUCUCCUGCCUCGUGUACUACCUGCCGGGCACCCGGGCGCACGCUUUCGCACCGCACGAGAUCAUCGCGGCGCGAACGCCGUCGCGCUGCAACUCGCCGAUCGACAAUGUGUAAGAAUGCCGACAGACGUGACCGGGGGCCCAGGACUCGCAGUGGUGGCAGGAGACGUCCUUGCCCUGCGAGGCACAGGUCUCGCUGCUGCAGAAACAUGGGCUCUCCUUUGCCAGGCUGCCCAGGCCCUCCAGGACCUCUUUCUCUCGAAUGGAGGUGUAGUGGGUGGUUCGAGGGCAGGACCAGUGGUGACUCCGCAUACACUGGAGCUGACACCACGUGGUAGGGUUUUGCUGCAGCUCGCACCACCGGAAACCGCUCGGGCGUAUCUGCCGCCAGAGUAUCGACCCGGUCGCAUUUAUUCAGACACGGAUUCGGAAAAAAUGUGGAUGUACUCUCUGGGGAGAGCGUUACUGGAUACGACUCCUAGAGUAGCGGCGUUGACGGGGACCGUUUCCGUUUCGCCCACAUCCGCCUUGCAGUCGGUCUUGGCGGCUAUGACGGAACCCGAUCCUCGCAGACGUGCCUCCUUGAUGAAUCUACUCGACGUAAUAUCCGAGUAUUAUUAUCGGACGCGUUUGCAAACCAAGCCCUUCACGCAUAUAGUGAUGGACAUGUAUCGAGAGGUAGUGAGAUCGCCACAGUAUGCCGCACGGAAGCGAGCAGCCUGCUAUCAGCUCAACAUUCUAAAUUGUCCGACGCGGAGCGUCGCCGAUCAAUCGAAUCACCCAAAGACCUAUGGCUACCAUCACCGUCAUCACCAUCAUCAUAUGCAAUGGCAGCAACAGGACCACGUCCAAGCUGCGAACGGUCAACUGACAUCUCUUCAACAUCAACCUCGUGUCGGGCAACAUCUGUCGAGCCAGCAACAGCAACAGGACCCGGUGCAACAUCCGAUCAAUCAAUUUCGACCGCUUCAGCAGCAGCAGCAGCAAGAUCCGACGCAGCAGCCGGCGAAGGAUCAGCAGGAUCACCGACACAAUAAUCACGGUCAUUAUCACGCAAAGGGAUCGCUCUUCAAAGCACAAUCGCGCAACUCCCAGUCGCAUCCAAACCUGACGACUUUGUGCGACUCGCAGCAACAGUCGCAGCAACAAUUGCAACAGCAGCAGCAGCAACAUCGAGAAACGGUCGUUUUGAACGGUCACAGGACGCAAUUUCGAUCGCAGCUCGACAUCCAGAGCGGCAGUCGCUCGCUCGGACCGGCGACAACCCAUCACCAACGCCACCGAAUCCAUCAUCACUCGCGGACGUACUCGCAGCCGGUUUACACGCGGCUGCAGCACACCAGGAGCAGCGGCAACCUGCCGGUGACGACAGGCGCAACGGCCGACGGUAAUCCCGAUGGGGACGUCUACAGUGAUCCGAUAUACGCCCUGCCAGUUAAACCCUUCCUAAGCUCGCAGGAUGUGCGAGUCAAUGGACUAUCAGCGAAAGCAUCCGCGAUCCGUCGCGCCGACGAGAUCUACGGCGGCUCAUCAUCGAUAAACAGGCAUCCCUCGAAUACCGGCCGCUCGCAGCCCGACGUAACUACGCAACCGAACGAGCGCCUUCGCGAAGAUAUUUACGGACGAACGCCUCCGGGAAGGAUGCUGCUGCAGAGGCAGCACUCGAAUCCCCAACUACCGAAUAGGACGCAAGCGGACGAAGACUUCAAGCGUCUGUCGCAACCGAGCGUGGCGUGCAGCGAGAUCCGUUGCGUCGCGCGAGAUGACGAACAGACGCUUCGGCAACAAAAUCCAGUGUCUUCCAUGAGACCCAGGGGACUCCAGGGACCCCCGAAGCCACCCCGAAUUAUCACCACUUUGAGAAAAACUGCUCUAUCCGACUCGGAGUGCAAUAGCCAACCGGAACCGCCGGCGAAACCGCCCAGAAUUAUGGUUAGGAACGGGCCAAGAGCACGACGUGGAAAGGCAGUGCAAAGGGCACCGUCGCGCCUUUAUAGGACGCUGGGUGGACCCAUGAGAAGUUUCAACAAAGCGCAAUGUGUAGGACCUGAAUUUGUGGUUCGUGCCAAUCAGCCCCCGAAAACACUAUGCGUAGGUCAAGUUAAGGCCGGCAGCUCUGGCAGAAUAGUCGUAAUAAUGUUAACAGGACAACGCGUGGAGGUAACUUGCGAUCCUCAAAAGGUCACUGCCGGAGAUUUAUUUCAGGCUAUUGUCCAAGCGGAGAACCUCGACGAAAACUUCACCCUGGGUCUAGCUGUGCUACUGGCUGGGGAUUUCGCGAUGUUACCACCCGACACGAAAUUGAACAAGGUCGCGCCACCGGGAUGGUUGAGCAGCGGCAAGAGCAAGGGUCUCCUGGGUCUACCGACCAGUUUCAUGCUGUAUCUGCGACUUCGAUUCUUCCUGCCAUCCCUCCGUGGUAUCAGAAGCUGGAUAUCGAAGCACCUGCUGUACCUACAGAUAAGACGAUGCAUAUUGGAGCAGCAGCUGGUUUGCCCUUAUCCUGAAUUAAUCAAUCUGACGGGCCUCGCGCUUCAAGCCGAAUUCGGAAACUACAACGUCAACGAGCACGGCUGUGGCGAUUACUUCCUGCUCGAGCACUACGUGCCGGAAUCCUUGAUAUUGAGCGCGGACCGGCAUCAAUCGCAGGCUUGCGUCGACGCCGAUACACUUCGGGCGCAGCUACACCGCGCCCAUCGGGAUCGCCGUGGCAUGGACUCGAACAAAGCCGAGGAGAUGUUCAUAACUCACGCGCAGUCCCUGCCGGAUUACGGCUCGCACUACUACAUCGCCACGGUGGACACGAAGGGGCUCGAGAAACUGAUGGCGCAACAAAGAAAGGGCAAGGGAAUGUUCGAAAAGUGUGACAACGACGUGGAGAAAGCACAUCGCCAGGAGAACCCCGGCCGGGAGACCGGUCCCCUUUACGGCGGAAUCCCGCGAUUAGACUCGCGCGAGAACGUACCGAUGAAUCCUUAUGCGGACGAACACGGGAGGGGUGCAAAGAAACUGCAAAAAAACCGCGACGAGAUGUGCAAUAAUCAUAAUAAUAUUAAUAAUAAUAUUAACAGUAUAAACGGUACCAACAACAACAAGAACAGCGGCAAGAGCGGCAAGAGAAAAGCAGAGAGCAACGUAUGGCUGGCGAUACACGCGCAGGGAUUGAAACUAUUGGAGCGAGGAGGCGAGCCGAGGGAGAGAACGGAACUGGCCCACUUUCAGUGGCGGGACGUGCAGACGUUGAGUUACAGCAAGAGCUGUCUGGUGGUGUACAGCAAGCUGAACGGGAGACGGUGCAAGUUCAAACUGCGGAUGGAUCAUCGGAAAAGUUACUUCGCCUUCAAGCUCACUUCCCUGCACCAUCAGUUCUUCCUGAGACUUCGCUCGGAGCUGACGUCGCUUCAGGGCCUCGCCAAAGAUUUUGGGAUACCCUUAACAACAGAAUCCAAAACUACACCACUGAAAUCUAAAAUCGGCGACGGCAGGACCAAAAUAGCGAUUGCAAACACAGUCAAGGUGCAGCAGAGGAUAAAUUAUCCGAUGCAACUGGAAGAAUACCAGAAUAAAGAAAAUGAGAAUCCGCAGAAGGACGCCAACGUAGUAGCAGUGACGAAAGACAUCCGUCGCGACCCCGGCUUUUACUCGUCGGAGGAGGACGCCCUUUACGCGCAGGUAAAUGUGCGAUUGGAGCCGGAGGGUGAGUCGCGCGACACGGAGGAAGAAUCGGAAAGGGGUCUAACGACAUCGAACGAGAUCUUGUUAGAACCCAAGGAAACCAAGUUGGAGCACGAGAAACUUUACGGCCGCCCCGGUCUAGAAAGCGAGACCGAGACCGACUGCACAUAUUCACUUCCAAAAGUCAUAACAAACAGCAUCAAGCAGCUGGAUAAACCUAACAAUCCUGAAGAGCUGUAUGCCGCCAUCAACAAGGUUCGGCUGUCGAGCAAGAGCGAAUUUCCGGUUCCGGAUGAAGUUUGGAACGUGACAGAUGUGAAGAAGACGCUGCAAAAGAUGAAGGCAUCCAGUUUACCCAACUAUGGCACGCCGAAGCAGUCUGGCGGUUUCCGUACACCCAGUUUGCCGCGUCGGUUGGGGGUGAAAAUGGGAACGCGCGCGAUUUACAGCAGUUUGGCGCAGAAAGACACCGCGCUUACCGACGACACGGAAUCGCUAUCUCUAAAAUCCGAUACUGAAUCGUCCAUCCAAUCUCUGUCGGCGCGAUCCGCCGAAUCGCCCAUGCCGGAAGCAUACGUGCUGAACACCGAUAUACGAACCGACGAUGAAACGUUCCGAGUUCCCGAGGAAGAAUCGAUGUCCGCAUCUUUGGUGGCACGUUUGGAGGAAUUAUCAUUCGUGGACGAACGAAUUCUGCACACGAUCAAGGUGGAACGCGGCCACGGCGGCAGUAUAGGUCUGCAAGUAACGGAGGGUAACGAUGGUGGCGUUUACGUUCAGGCGGUUUCUGUUGGCGGAUCAGCCGAUAUGGCCGGAAACGUGAAUAAAGGUGACCAGAUCGUAGCGAUAAAUGGACAGAAUCUGCUGAAUCUUCGUUACGAGGACGCUCUCAAGAUGUUGCAGAGCUCGUCUGAAACGAUCGAGUUGGUUCUAUCACAACCCACUUCCCGAAAGAGCACGGAAUCGAGAGAUGGUCAGGACCAUGGCCCUGUAGAAAGCAAUUACUUACAUGACAUCAAGUUUGACGUAUCGUCGGAAGCGGAAACGUCCAGCAUGACGAACAAGUGGAUCGUUCAGAAGACCACGGACGUAGCAUCCGUGCAAAACACUUCAAGCGCAUACAGCAGUGCUGCGUCCAGCGCCAUGGACAACCACAAUAAUGCGAACAGCAUAUACAUGACUGAUUUCGUUGACAAUAACGCGCUAAAAUCUGCCAACUCGACUGAACCACCCGUGCCACCGCGGCGAAUGAAGCGUAAGAUGAAAAUCGCGCCGAGCAGCGAGACGACAAAAGGCGCGAAUGGUAACGCACGACUCCAGCAGAAACAUCCGCCACCUUUGCCACCUCCGCCAGGAAAACAUCGAAGGAACAGAUCACGAUUUGCUGUCGAAAAUCGCUCACAAUGCGACAUCAUGAAAAGCGAAAACGUCGACGAGCGAGAUCAAAGUAAAUACCACACCGACAUCACGAUCAACGCGAAAAAGUCUACGAAAUCGCACGAUGAUACAACAUCCGCAAGAGAAAAUUCGAUGACAGAUAAAAAUGUAAAUGAUGGUCCAGUUUCCAAGUCGAGAUUGCCGUUUCUGUCUUCUCGCGACAUUGCAUCGUCCGAGCGGACAGCGCGCGAUGGAUAUCCACCGCUUUUCUUCACGCUGCGCGACUUUGAAGAUGUAAUGUCCGCCACAUGGAGAAGAGAUGAUCCUGUGAAUGAGACAUCCGCCGCGAAUCUCGGAGAUACGCGUUUAUUCACGGAUUCAGAGAUAUUCGGUGGUUCAUGCGAGACGGAGUUGCGGGGGAUGCUGGAUGAUGAUGAUGAUGAUAAUGUCUGUUUCCGCGUGACAACGACAAACCUGCCGUUCGAAAAGUGUCUGGGCGGACGGAAUCGUUUCGGCGGCGAUGCAUUCGAUAACAGUACGAACGGAAGUGAUUGUAUAACGUAUAACAACGUCAGAAAAUCAUCCAACAGUUUCGACAACGACGACGACUCGGAUCAUCGUGUAGGCACGAAGGUGCGAUUCGUGAUUGAAUCAUCGAGCCCUGCCAAGUCCAAUCGCGAUCGUAAUGGAGAGAUUGAUGUGCCGUGCGACGAUUUGCGAAGUUACGAAUCCGUUCUCGGCAAUGAACGAGUCAGUGAACAAAGUGCCACUUCUUCCGUGCAGCUGUUGACCGAGAUCCGGGAAAUAAAAGAUCGUGGUGACAAUUCGCGAGAUAAAUCGUGCACUUUAAGCGCCGAGGAAGGAAAUUUCGCAACGAAAGAAGACGAUCUUUUUAUGCUGGCGGAUGCAAGCAACGUUGACGCGAUAUUUAAGGCAACUCCAGAGACGUGUUAUUACGAUAAAAGGAAUGACAUUAAUUACGAGAGGAUUCGCAAAGAGGAUUCUAACUCGAUAUCGUGGAGUGAACAUAUCGAGAAUUUCAGAAUCGGCAAAGGAAGCACAGUGAUGUCAGUAGAUGAAACUGAUGCGAGCGAGAGACGCGCUGCAAAGCAAAUGGAUCAAAAGCAGACAUUGGUUGCUUCUUCAGAAAUUGCGGAGCACAUUCGUUUCACAGACGAGAGUACGGAUACGGCUUGUAGGAUUGAAGAAGCAAACGCGGCGGAAAUAACUGAAAAAAAAACGCACCGAGAAGAAGAAAUAUUUUCGAAAAGAUCCGACAAAAAUGAUAUCAAAGAGGAUCACAUUACUAAGAGCGAGAGGGUCUUCAUCGGUGAAUCACUCGAAAGUCUUUUAAACGACGAUGUGAGUCGAGAUAACUGCGCGGACGGGUCAGGCAAAAAAAUUUCCAUCAACGAUUUCGCGGACAAAUCGCUGAGUCUUUUCGAUUCUCAGCAAUCGUCAAUCGAAGAGAGUGAAGAAAGAAUAACGAACGAUUUUGCAGAUUCCAAAAAUGACUGCGAGAAAGCUUUCCCGUUGGAGAAGAUUUUUACAAAGAGCGUUCCCAUGAAGAUCAGGCGAGAUUCUUUCUUAGAGACCAUGCUGGCCGACGAUCCAACAGACAUCUCGAUAGAAUGCGCGGCAAUUUCUACUCAAACUAUGAUGUCCUCAUCAAGCGUGGAUAAAGAAUUAAGCAUGCCGAGCGAAUCAAUGAAUAAAAUCCGGGAAUUGGAUACGGAUAGCGCGAGAAGACACUUGUACGGUUUCGAUGAUGCGAUAAAAGCGCACACGGAAAACCAAAAAGUUCUAAUGGAUACUGAGAAGACGAGAGGAAGAACCAUCGAUGUGUCGAGUGUCAAUGCAAAGUCCACGCAAUCGAGGAAUAAAAGCGCCAGUGACGCAAAGAAUGACGUGCUGAACGAAUUGCUCUGCAACUUCAGUAACAUAAAGUUAAAAAUAGUGAGUCCCGAGAAUAACAGAUCAGCGAGGAUAGACGACGAGAAAAAUAUUAUUGCUCGCCCAGUCACGAUCGAUAAUAGAAUCUCUACAGAGAACGGGAGCGCGAGUUUCAACAUUUCGCGUUCACUUGAAGAAUGCAGAAAUGAAGUUCGCGAUGUUGUUGAGGUUAAUUGUAAGCUGGGAUUGAGCAUCGAGAAUAUAGACAUGAAAAACGACACGGUGACCAUUGGAAAAAUCAUGAAAGAGGAUUUCACGAAAACGAAACUCGAUUCAAUGAUUGGUGAGAAAAUCGCGAAGAAUAAAAAUGUCGCGAUUUCGAGACUCGGAGAAGCAUCUUUCGAUGUAACAAAUAAAAUUGCAAAAGACAGCCCUGCGAAAUCGAAAGUCGGCGAGAAAGACGUCAAGUCGGAAGAUAUCCGCGCGAGAUCGAGGAUCGAAAAACCAUCGAAGAAUACGGAAAGUGAGGUCAACAAGGCCGAACGAGAAACCAAGAAAUCGCGAGAUGCUUGCACUCCCAAGACGAUACUCAAGAAGAAAAGCGCUGAAUGCGAGCAGGCGAACCAAUUUCAAAAGAAAAUUCCCAUCGGGGCGCCCGCGACGAUGAACAAGAUUUUCGAUAGCAAGGAGCUCGAGAUGAUCGCGGACGCAUCGCACAGAGUCAGCGUGAAGAACGUGGUGAAGCACGCGGAGGUAGUUUCGAGGGAGGCUCAUAGUCGCGUCGGAGAAAAGACUGACGAAGAGAUGAGUGACGAGGCCGAUGCUGAUCCAAGAAAAAUCGCGAGUCGGUCGGCAUUAUCACUGGCAGAAGACGCGACGAGUAGCGACGAUAAAUGUGCCAUAGCUAGGAAAAACACUUCCAUAAUCCCUUGUAAUAAUAAUGACAAUAACAGGGCCGUAACAGCCGUAGCUAACGUAAGUAACGACCAAUCGCUGCGCGACGUUGUAACGAUAACUUCGGGUAAAGUUAGGAGCUUCGUUAAGUAUUACGAGAUUCGGGGCGACGCAACGACCGUCGAGGGACAUUCUAAAAUUAACGAUAGGCAGAAAGUAGCUAAACGUAAGUCCACGAAGAACCGAGCGGCACCCGUCACCACAAGGAGCCCGCAGCGGCCGGAAAUAAUGACGAAGGGGAAGGAAACGGAAGGCGGAAGUAGAGACGCGAGAUCAAAUGAUGAUCUCAAAACGUCGUUCGACAAGACGCGACUUUCCUCGAGGAUGCCGGAAGAUUCCCCCAAUAACCAGGAAACAGGAUUGAAACUUACGAGGGAACGUGAGAGGAACGGCUCGCACGUGCCCGACAAGACACACGUGCCACUCGCGAAAACUAGCGUGAAGAAGUCGGUGCAGUUCCGAGGCGGCUUCAUCGUGAUCCGCUCGGAAACUUUCGACGAGGAUGAGGAAUCCGCGAGGAUCGUCGACGCGAAUGCAUCGAGGAAGAAGAGAACCUUUGGAAUACCGUCGUCGCGGGAUUCCGAGGGACAGAUUCGCGAAAUCGCGAAGUUGGAAAAACCACCGGACGCCAGAAAGGAUUUCUUUCCGCGGGAGACUGUUGCUCAGAUGCAUACGGUAGCCGAUCACGGAGAGAAAUCAGGUAUUAACCGCUUCGUUACAAAACCUGAAACCCCACAGCUCGUAUUUUAUUGUACUGUAUAGAUAAUACGUAGGCCUUUUAUGAGCCGUCGUUGCUCCGAGUCUCAAAGAAAUUGUAUCGUGCCGAUCCGCCGUGAAUCCCUGUGAAUGUUUUAAUUUUCGCCACCAAUCAAGGAAUAGAUUUUGCGACGCUAUGUAACGCUUGCUAAGGAGUAACGCUUGUUAAUGUGCAUCGUGUGUAUGAAUGUGUAUGAAAUGUACGAAUAUAUUUUACGUUUGAAUUAAAAUCUCAUUUCAAAGACGAGGUCCAGUAUUUGAAAAUAUUAACAUGUUACUUUCCUUAGUUUUUCAUCAUAAAACUAGAUUAACUUAUUAUUAUUAUUAAUUUGAGAAAAUCACAUAUUUCGACAUAAAUUAUAUACAAUAAUUAUACAUGCAUAAUAUUCUGCUUUAAAAAUUAUUUUAGCCAUUAUUUUAGUCAUUAUUUUAGUCCGUCAAAGCUAUUCAGUGAGCUGGAUAUGACAUGUUAUCGAUGAGCGAGAUACGCGACGCACGGAAUUCGGUGCCAAUAAGCCGGUCACGCGCGUGUCCGUUAAAAGCAACGAGUGGAUUUGCAAACGACCAAAUUCACCGUGUGUCCCGAAAGGGUUCGAGAAUCACGGUGAAUUAUCGCGGCAAACGGACCGCUCGGAUUCGAGUGCUUUAACUGUAGCAUGGUCUGGAUAUUCCCGACCGUGAACAAAUUCCGUCGAUUUAUGGGAAGACAAUAGCUUCUUUUCCGCCAGGCAAUUGUUCGGUUUGUGACUCUCAUAAAAUACUCUAAUUUCCGGCUUCCUCGGUGCCACCAUUUUUGUGCCGGAUUUAACUUCCAGCAUCGGCGCAAAAUUACUUUCGGUACACAGCACAGGAGCAAAUAAGGACAUCUCUUCAUGCACUUUGCUCAUUGCUCGUACUUGAAAUAUUGCUUGAACGUUAGCAACGACGAGAUGGUUGAUGAAAUCUUGAGAUGUCUUAUUUCGUGUGUAUACAUCACGCAACAUACCCGAUGGAUAUUCAUGGCACUUUUCAUGAUAACGGACUUCGUCUUGGAGCAAUAUGGCAAAACUGCGAGUACGCUACAUUAGAUUCUAAAGUCGAAUUAUUGUACAGAAAGAGCAUGUGCGAUCAAACACAGGAUGCAACGAUUCGGUCUCGCAUAGAUCUUCCUCGGGAGCUCCGCGCGUCGUCGUCGUCGACUCGCGCUCCGUGAAUAUUUUAGACGCAGAUUUCCAGAGAGGAAAUCUCCAGUGUGCGUUUUGCAGCUCCGUUAUCAUCGAGCACCCUUUCCGCGAGUGCUCGACGACGGAACCGGGUAUCGGAAAAGCCACACGCGUCCCACUGCUCUAAUUUACGAAUAGGAUAACGGCGAGAUACACUUGUUGCGCCUUUUAUGUUGCGCAUACGUGCUACUCGGCACGGUCAUUUAGCGCAGACCGUGUCCAAGCCGGAUUCAGGACCCGAGUGCAGUCCGCGGGUCUGACCGGACUUGAUACAUUUAUGGACCGCGCGUUAAAGCACCGCGAGAAGCGCCUUCCGCCGACGGCGAUUUCACGCGGGUGGCGAGUCGAGUACUUCCGUUUAAGUGGCUCACACGAGAGCUAUAUAUAAUCAUUUCCGAAGAAACGGAUCUCUCUCGGGAAGCAGUGCGCGAUUAAACGCUCCUCGCGAAAAUAUUUGAUUUUAACCAUAAGCAAGCGGAUCCUCUGUCGAAAUACGGUAAUGUCGUGCGCGGUCUUGGAUCAUGUGGCUGCGUACGAACCUCUUACGUCGAGUUCCUGUCCGAGCAGCUUGAGCGCGAGCGAGGAUCCGGUAGUGUCACGAGUUGGAAGUCCUCUUUACGACGGAUACAGUAUUACGCGACACGGCGAUCCCCUCGGAAAACGUGCAAUUCCGCGAUAAACGAGACGUGACGCGCCUGUAAUUACGUAACAGUAACUGUUCUGUUGACUUAUUAUGUAAGUAUUAUGAUUUAUAUAGUCUGCGCGGCGAGCGAACUGAGAUUGCGAGACGCCUCGCAGUUAGGCGUGAUGCUGGUGAUGCUUAUUACUGAUUUAGUAUUAUUAUCUAUACAUAUGCGCGCAUAUAUACUUGCUACGCGUAUUAUCAUUAUCAUAUUAUACAUGUACACAGCGUAAAUGUAAGUAUGUCACUACGCGACACGACGAUUCUGUAAAAUGCUAUGUGAGAGCAGUCGCCAACCCCUCUCCCCUUUCCCUUUCCUCCCUUAUCUCUUGUUGAUUAUGCACACGUUUUGUAUAACAUUAAUUGACGCGUGGAUGUGUUCGCGAAGCGCAGAUUUUCACAUAGGCGCAUCCGAAGCAGCUUCUGUACGGGGAAAGCAAUAAAGGAGUCUAGAGAAUGGCGGUUUCCAUCUAAUCGUGUCGCUUAUCGCAUGUCGGUGGCCGCGAUAACACGAUCGAUUUUAGCGUAAGUCGGAAUCGUGAGUCGCGAUCACCCUUAGUUCGUAUAUCGAGACCGUUCUAGGUGAGCAGUGCGCUUCGAACAAUCUCACGACAAUUGAAUCCACUGUAUCGUUUCGCGAUAGACUUCCGUUACAUCCUCUAGCGACGAGUCGUGGCGAAUCAAGAGCCAAUGAGAGGGUGAAGAGUACACUGUACAUUCGAGAUGUAUCCAGCGACGAAAGCUAGGUGAGAUUUGUUAGACGUAGCAUGUAGGUGAGAAUAAAAGCGAUCGUGCAAACGACUAAAUCCAAGCAA